AUGCCCGACCCGUCGGCCAGCAAUUCUUUCCUGGAGCAGACUGGCUCGCUGUUGAGCAGUGCAGCAGGCUACAUGCGCUUGCCUGCGAUAGCUUCUACUGGGGUCGCCGCGGUCUUAACAGCUCUCCUCUACUUUAAACAAAAAGCAUUGAUAUAUCCCUCCCACGUCCCCGCAAACGCCCGCACCGACGUUCCCCGCCCGAGCCAAUUUCACUUCAAAGACUACGAGGAGCUUAUCAUUCCGACCAACGAUGGCGAAAAGCUAUCGGCCUUCUACAUCCGGGGUCCUCGCGGUGGGCCGAACUCCAAGCUGACGGUGCUGAUGUUCCACGGCAACGCUGGCAACAUUGGCCACCGCCUGCCCAUUGCACGCAUGCUGAUCGCCGCCUCCGGCUGCAACGUCUUCAUGCUCGAGUACCGCGGCUACGGCAUCUCGACCGGCCAACCUGACGAGUCCGGCCUGAACAUUGACGCUCAAACGGCACUGGACUACCUCCGCGACCGAGCUGAGACCCGGGACCACAAGAUCGUCGUGUACGGGCAGAGUUUGGGUGGUGCUGUCGGUAUCCGUCUCGUUGCCAAGAACCAGGCCUCCGCGGAUAUCAGCGGCUUGAUUCUCGAGAAUACUUUCCUGAGCAUGCGCAAAUUGAUUCCUUCUAUUAUGCCGCCCGCCAAGUACCUGGCCUACCUGUGCCACCAGGUCUGGCCGAGCGACACCUUGAUACCCACCAUCAAGGUGCCGACGCUCUUCUUGAGCGGGCUCCAGGACGAGCUUAUACCCCCGAUCCACAUGAAGCGCCUUCACGACCUGUCGAAGGCGCCCAUCAAGAUCUGGAAACCGCUCCCUGGCGGCGAUCAUAACUCGAGUGUAGUCGAGGAGGGCUACUUUGAGGCCAUUGUCGACUUCAUGAACCGGAUAGUGGCGGAUGGAGAGAAGCAAUGA